ACCAGAAGUGUCAGGACGAAUGCUGUGAUCGAAAAAAUGGUGAAGCGAAAACAAACGACUACCAGGAAGAGGAACUGACAGACAAUCGAAAAUGUGAAAUUGGGAAACAUAUGCAUGCUGGGACAGGUGUUCCGUUGCUAAAAUGUGAAAUAAGAUUAAACAACCUGGCUUUAUUGUUUUGUGAGCUAGCUAGGGAGACAGCUAGCUAGCUUACUUUGUGUUAAAACAAAGCGCGUCGACUUUUCUAACUAGCUGGCUAGCUACACAGAUGAGGAAAUACAUUUUUGCUCCUGCUGUUUAAGCACAAAUAAUUGAUGAUCUUGCGUACAACUGACAAUAGUAUAAGACCGACGACAAAAGUAAUUUAAAUCUGAAGAUAAUUAGCGGGGUAACUAACUAGCUAAACUGAGAGACGACAAUAUUGACGUGAAAGAUAGCUUGCUAGCCAGCUACCUGGUCAUCUUAUCUGUCCAACUACGUAGUUACACAUUAUUCGCUAACUUCUUAUGUUAGUCAGGGCACCCGUGUAACUUAAUUAAAAUGUGUACAGUCCUUAUAACUAUCUAACAGAUCUGUGAUAGGACUUUGCCGGAAGAUUAUAAGACAUAAAUGAUAGAUUUUUUUCAAUAUAAAAACGAUAAAAUGUGGCUCCAGCAAAGACUAAAGGGCCUACCUGGUUUGCUAUCCAGUAGCUGGGCUAGAAGGGUUCUUAUUGUAUUACUUAUGUUCCUGAUUUUUUAUUGGUAUCUCAGCUCCGAUGGAAUUUUGAAGUUUUUGAGUGCCUCAGGGAAAUCGGGAGGAGCAGCAGGCGUUUGUUUACAGACUGAAACCCUGAGAUGGAAGCCACUUGUUGAUCGGGGAGAAGGGGUUGUCUUUAGUCCCCAGAGCAAAGUCGUCGCCCCUGCCGUGGUCGGUAAUGGGCAUUUCUUGGUGGACAUUGACUCCAACAAACUUUGGGUGAGUUCCUCUUCUCAGGCAGGGUCACCCCCGGUUCAUUUGACAGAGUAUUCCCCUGUCGUUACCCUGGACAUGCAAGGGAAGCGCUCUGAGGCACAGGCUUCUGUGCUCUGGUACCGGAAGGGUUCCGUUCUGUCCGUACGCUGUAUCAUACCGGGAACAAGCCAGUCUUCCCGGGACUGCGUUACUGUGAGAGAGGAGUUCAUAGCGCACCGCAGCCGGCCGAACGUCUACCUUCAGCGGGUUCACGUCACCAAUCCCUCCGACAGGACGGCCACCUUCGACGUCACUUCGCCCUCUCCCUCCUUUGGAAACAAGUUUUCGGCCAGCUUGGAGAAGACGGAUGACAAGGAGUUCAUCCUAUCCACUGGCCGAGUACUGACUGAAAAGAACCACAUUGUGUUGGUGGUAGUAGCCGCCAAAAAAAUACCCAGCCGGCUACAGGUAGCUGCAAAAUCAGAAUACAUGGAGAACAUGGUGUCAGUGGUCCACAUAUCUGAACCCAUUGAGUCUUCAAAACUUGAGGAGACCUUCACCAAGCUGAGAGAUGUGGCCAAGAAGGAGAUUGGGGAUCUACUAAGAGCCAAUAUAGAGGAUCUCAUGCAGGAUCACCUGCAGGCUUGGAUGGAUCUGUUCAUUUCAGGGGUUGAGAUGAGAAAGAUUACAGACUCCCACACGCCGUCCAGCCACACAGUGAACACCACGUUGUAUUACAUCCUCUCCACGUCCACAGCGCCCCUGCUGGACAGAAGGAUAAGCGCGGACGAGCACGAGCGGCUGGAGUCCAGCCUGAAUUACGCGGACCACUGCUUCAGUGGCCACGCCACCAUGCACGCCGAGAACCUGUGGCCCGCCCGGGUCAGCAGCGUGGCCCAGAUCCUGCAGCUGGUGACGUUGUGGAACCUGACGCUGCAGAAGAGGGGCUGCAAGGUGCUGGUGGCAGCCGGGGCCCACGGCGUCAUGCAGGGCAUGGUGCUCAGCUUCGGCGGGCUGCAGUUCACCGAGAACCACCUGCAGUUCCAGGCGGACCCGGACGUCCUGCACAACAGCUACUCGCUGCGCGGCAUCCACUACAACAAGGACCUGAUGAACCUGGCGGUCCUGCUGGACGCCGAGGGCAAGCCCUUCCUCCACGUGUCCGUCAAGCCCCAGGAGAAGCCCGUCAAGCUGUACGCCUGCGAGGCGGGGUGCAUGAACGAGCCGGUGGAGCUCACCUCCGAGGUGAAGGGACACACCUUCCCCGUGAUGGUGACCCAGCCCAUCACUCCGCUGCUGUACAUCUCCACCGACCUGACGCACCUGCAGGACCUCCGGCACACGCUGCACGUCAAGGCCAUCCUGGCCCACGAGGACCACAUGGCCAAGCAGUACCCGGGCUUGCCCUUCUUGUUCUGGUUCAGCGUGGCCUCCCUAAUCACGCUCUUCCACCUCUUUCUGUUCAAACUCAUCUACAAUGAGUACUGUGGACCUGGCGCUAAGCCCCUCUUCAGAAGCAAGGUUCUGACCGCAAAUGAGGAAGUCAGUCCCUAGAGGACAGCAAUGACAUCAAGUCCUUGAUUGGAGGGAUUCUACACAAGUUUGUUUUUGCUGCCCUUCUGUCAUAUUGCGUGUUCUUUGAUGGGGUGGGGUGGGGGUAGAUGUAUGUGAGUAAUUUUUAAGUAAUUUUAAAAGAAGUUUAAAUGUUAUAUAAACUAUGGUUAUAGCUCGCUUAGUUACAAAAAUAAUAGUUUUUAAAAUUUUGUGUUGUUGGAGGGGAUGUAAUUUAUAUUUAUAAUCCAGAAAAUGUGAUGGGAUUUGCAAUGCACUGAAUAAUUGUCAUGAUAUUUUUUUCACAAGAUGAUCAAAAAAUUUUACUGAAUUUUAGAGUUCUAUUUAUUUUUUUGGUAUAAAACACUGACAUGCUUAAACUGAUGGAAAAUUUCAAAACCAGCCACAGAAAUGGGGCUCACAGAGAGCUCUUGUGUAUUUGAAACAUUUUAAGAAGCUAUCAGCAGUUUCAACAUUGAUUUAUCACACCUCAAAAAUGUCUUUAAAUUUUAAUAUAACACAUGGGGACAUGAGAAUAUUGGUCAGAUAUAAUUGUUUGACCUCAGAAUAUUAUAUUUUGUGCAAAUAAUGACAUAGCAGUGAAACAUUUGUUUUUCACCAUAACUAAUCAUAUUUUAAUUGAUGGUUGUUUGGUGUAGUUACCCAACAGGUGUUAUAAUUAAUAGAUUUGACAAAGUUUACUAAUAGUUACUUGCUUGGUCAAAAAGAACAGGGUUAGAUGCCUUGCUUGCAUGAUAACGUAACCCAUUAUCCUGCUAGAUGACCAAUGGUUUGGUAAACUGGAUGAAAUUAAGAGAUACUUGUUUUAAAAAUCGCAAAAAUAAUUUUUCAACUCGCUGGAAUUGUGCUCCUUUCUUGGGAAUGCAAGUUCUUCAUGCGUCUGCUUUUAGAUUAGUUUUUCAUUUUGCUUUGGUAGUUACUUACAGUGGCAAAACAAUAAAAACAAUUUAGCUAAAUCUGAUUGGCCCUGACCAACAUAGGUGGCCAUGUUGCCAUAUAGAAUGACAUAUAAAACAGCUAACAUGAGGAAGAACAAAGUGAGGAUGCACUGGCUCUGCUGGGCUGUAAAAUGCUCACCCAUUGGUUGUGUAAUCCGGGUGUGAGGGGAAUCGUUUGGGGACGCGUGAUGCUCUCCCAUCACUUGGGGCUUUGUGUGAGUGCAGCUGGGUUUAUCUGACUGAACACGCAGUGGUGAUGUCAUGCGUGACACCUUCUCACUGCAGGUGGAAUCAGGGUUAAUGUGAUUCAAAAACGCAUAAUGUAUACAUCUUACAGCACUGAGGCUCAGUUUGGCCUGUGGUGUUAUAUUUUGGGCAUUGUUAGUUUAUGGAGUAGUUUGUGAUUUUUAUACACUUUCUGUGUACAUAUUGGAGGGGAAAUGGUGACCAUUCAGAGUCCCACAUCACCCAUUACCUACAUCAGGGGUCGGCAACCCUGCUCUUGGAUUUUGUUUCAUUUGAGCUUGAGUCCAAGAUAUCAGUGAAUUAUUAUGAGCAGCCUGAAUGGUUAAAGCUUUAGUACCUCCAGCACAUGCUUGCUUGCAUUCGUAAAACAUAAGCAAUCCAAUUAUGUUGUUAAAGGUUUGAGCAAAAACCAGGAGCUCCUCUGCCAUGCCAGGAUCAGGGUUGCCUAUUCCUGACCUACUUCAUGCCUUUCUGUUCCUGUAUGUAUCCAUGCAAGCAAUACUGACGACUGCCAGUGUGGGUAUGCUCUUGAAACCCUUUGAACUUUGUUGGACUUGAAAUGAAGUGUGUUCACAUAGGCAGUUACUUGGGUGAAAGUUAGAUUACAGCGGGGCUGCCCAACCCUGUUCCUGGAGAUCUACCGUCCUGUAGGGUUUCUCCCCAACACAAAAGAGCACACCUCGUUUAACAGCUAGAGAUCUUGUUGAGCUCCUAAUUAGUAGAAUCAGGUGUGCCAAAUUAGGGUUGAAAUGAAAACUUGCAGCAUGGUUGUUCACUAGGAACAGGGUUGGGCAGCCCUGAUUUACAGGCUUCCGUUUAUCUCUUAAGUGAUAUAGUGAGUUCUUAAACCACUGACUGUGCCUUAUCAAGUGGAGUUAUUAGGGCUUUAAUUAUUUAUUUAUUAUUAUAUAUUAUAUGGGCAGAUAUUUUUUAAUCCAAUGUGAAUUUGGCUUGAUAAUUUUUUCUCUGCAGAAACCAAGUGUCCACUGAAUCUUAUAAAUUUGUCUCAAAGCUAUUUUUUCCCAAUGCUGCAGAAAUUCCUGUUUUUUUUUUUCUUUCUUUGGAAAUAAAAUUUCAGGGAACUUUCUCUCAAGACUUGA